UCUUAAGUUAUGAUAAGUUUUUGCUUCAUGUUAGAUAUAGGUUGCUGUAAUAAAUCAGUGAACUUAAGUUUUACAAAAUGGAUGCUACUUUGAAGAAAAUUAAAAUACAAACCGGUGUGGUUAAACGAAUUGCAAAAGAAACGCAAAUGUAUAAAGAUGAAGUGGUGACGACUAACAAAAAGAUCGAAGAAAUCAGAGCAAUUGAUAAGGAUGACUACAGUCUUAAAAAAACAGCCGAACUUCUCCAAGAAUCUGAAAUGAUGGUGUCAGAUUGUCAAAAACGACUGAAAACAUCAAUCGAGCAUCUGCAUCAGCUGGUAACUCAGAAUAAUGAGUUUAAAGAUGAAGAAAUUUACAAAAAUGCUAUGGUUGUACUUGAAGAUGUACAGUAGGAAGUAAAACAACAAACAACAAACUGUUAGCUGAUGCUGUGAUGUCAUUGAACACUAAACAUUGCUGAGAUUGAUGAACAAAUAAUACAUAUAUGAUAUAUAUAUAAAUAAAAUCAAUAAUUUUGUAUUCAUGUCAUUCAAAACUCUAGUUUGUAGAUUAUAUGUCAUUAUUAAAUUAAUUCAUCAAAAUGUAGCACAAUUUUCAGUAUAGUUUUGGGAAUUCUUCAUUUUAUAGUUUUUUUUUAAAUGACAUUAGCUGGUGACGCUUGAAAGUAUAGUUAAAAUAAUUAUUAAUUGCUCAUAAUUGACAUCUAUAGGAUUAGGAACAUUUUAUUAUGCUUUAUGUAUUGUUUUGUAGUAGUGUUGUGUUUUUGUUCUCGUUUUUGUGUAUUAAUAUUAUUCAUUUGUUAUAAUUGUUCUUUGUAG